AGAAAAGGAGUCGUGUAAAAGAAAAAGGGAAACAGAAAUUGCUGGAGUGGAAGUUUGGGGGAGAGCCAGAGCCCAGAGAGGGAGAUGCCGGAGCUGCCGGAGGUGGAGGCGGCGCGGCUGGCGCUGGAGGAGCACUGCGUCGGGAAGCGCAUCCUGCGCUGCUCCGCCGCGGAGGACACCAAGGUCAUCGACGGCGUCGCCCCGUCGCGCCUCGAGGCGGCGCUGGUCGGGCGGACCAUCGCCGCCGCGCGCCGCAAGGGCAAGAACCUAUGGCUCGUCCUGGAUUCGCCGCCGUACCCCUCCUUCCAGUUCGGAAUGGCUGGAGCUAUUUACAUCAAGGGUGUGGAGCUGAGCAAAUAUAAAAGGUCUGCAGUGAGCCCAACUGAGGAAUGGCCUUCAAAGUACUCCAAACUGUUUGUUGAAUUGGAUGAUGGCUUGGAGUUCUCCUUCACUGAUAAGAGGCGUUUUGCAAAAAUACGACUGCUUGACAACCCAGAAGCUGUCCCUCCAAUUUCUGAACUUGGACCAGAUGCCCUAUGCGAACCAAUGCAGCUUGAUGAGUUUGUACAAUCUUUUGGUAGAAAGAAUGCGCCAAUAAAAUCCCUUUUGCUUGAUCAGAGCUUUAUGUCGGGAAUCGGCAACUGGAUGGCAGAUGAGGUGCUUUAUCAGGCAAGGAUCCAUCCUAUGCAAACUUCAUCGAAGAUAUCCAAGGAGAAGUGCAAGGCACUCCAUCGGUGCAUCAAAGAGGUGAUUGAAAAAUCCGUUGAAGUUGGUGCUGACAGCAACGAAUUUCCAGAGAACUGGAUAUUUCAUUCUAGGGAGAAGAAACCCGGCAAGGCCUUUGUGGAUGGGAAGAAAAUCGACUUUGUUACAGUAGGCGGCAGGACGUCAGCGUACGUUCCGGAGCUGCAGAUGCUGGAUGGGGCUGAUGCUGCGGCAGCAAACAGGUCAAAGAAAGGCAGAGACAACAAGGUAGAGGAAAAUGUGGGCAAAACAUCCAAGAAAGGCCAGAAGAAGGCUUCAAAAGAAGGUGGCAAGGCAGCACAGAAGCAGGAAGAAGAAGACGAAGUUGAGGAGUCGAAGCCCGCCAAGAGGGGAACGAAGCGACCAGCGAAGAAGGAUGGUCGUUCUCCAGAUGCUGGCGGCUAUGGCGGUGAAGACGAUGAAGAGCCCGUGGUUGCGGCAAAGAGGCCGCAGAGGAAGAAGCGGUGAGCCGAUCUAGGGAGGGACUUGCACUUUGUCUGGUGCUUUUGCUUUGCAGUGUAGAAACUGGUACUAGUAGAUGAAAUUCCACCCUGUGAAGGAAACUUGGGUUUGUCAGAGCCUGGCCAUUUAGUUGUUGUAAGCGCAGAUUUGUUGAAGCCUCUAACAGGUGUGGCGAUGCAAGACUGGGCUGUGGGCCCAUGUUGACUUCCUUUUGGGGGUUGCUGAAGGUUUAACUUCCCCUUUCGAAAUCAUCACGGUUCGACGACGAA